UCAAACUUCGGCGAAGAAUCGUCAACCGCGCACGAUAUCACUCCUAUAUAUAAUCUCUGCUUCUACCCGUAGCUAGAAAUUUAAAAGGCGCGAAACCAAACUAGAAUCUUGUGAGAAAGAGACGAGACGUUAGGGAUUUUUAGGGUUUUUGAAUCUGGGAGAGAGUCAGAAAACUAGAAGAAGAAGAAGAAGCAGCCAGAGAGAUGGGAGGGUGUUUUUCUGACGUGAAAGGUGGCAAGCAGGCCGUCGGUGGGGCCCGUCAUCAACAACAGAGACCCAUCAACAGCGACGCCGUUGAGCUCUUUAACCGCUCCCGAGGGGUUUAUCCACUCUACACUCCGCUCGAGUUAUCGCUGUCAUCAACUAACUUGCUUGAUCGUGACAUUACGUCAAAGAGUGAUCCCAUGGUUGUGGUUUAUGUAAAGAGAGGAGAUGGUAAGCUAGAGGAACUAGGUAGAACUGAAGUAAUAUUGAAUAGUUUGAAUCCAGCGUGGAUUGAGAAAAUUACAGUUUCAUAUCAGUUUGAGGUUGUGCAGCCAUUGAUAUUCCACGUCUAUGAUGUCGAUACAAAGUAUCACAACGUAAAUGUAAAGACACUGAAGUUGGAGGAUCAAGAAUUUCUUGGGGAAGGCAGUUGUGUUCUUUCAGAGAUAGUGACCAAACAAAGUCGAAGUUUAACCUUGAAUCUGCAUAGCAGAAGUGGGCGUGGAGGUUUGAGAGACUUCGGAACACUCACUGUCCAUGCUGAAGAAACUAUGGCUUCAAAGAGUGUUGUUGAGAUAAAAUUCCGCUGUUCCCAGUUGGAAAACAAAGACGUCUUCUCUAAAAGCGAUCCUUUCUUAAGAGUAUCUAGAAUUGUUGAGAGUGGAGGUUCUGUUCCAAUUUGCAAGACUGAAGUGGUGGAUAACAAUUUAAAUCCAAUCUGGAAACCACUAUCCCUGAGUAUGCAGCAGUUUGGAAGCAAGAAAGACGACCAACCUUUUUGGAUUUACCACUUUGUCCUAUAUAGGAAACUUCAAAAAUCAGUGGCAGACCUGGAGAGAUUAUACAAAGAAAGAAGUGGGGUGAAUUUCGUCAUUCCAUCUUCUCAUGGUCAUGAAAAGGAUUUAAAGGGUCAGUUGUUUGUGGAUCAAUUUAAUGAAAAGCAGCAGUUCAGCUUUCUCGAUUAUAUUUCCAGUGGAUUUGAGCUUAACUUCAUGGUUGCUGUUGACUUUACGGCUUCAAAUGGAAAUCCUCAUCAACAUGAUUCAUUGCACUACAUUGAUCCGUAUGGCCGGUUGAAUUCUUACCAGCAGGCAAUAACGGAAGUUGGGGAAGUCAUUCAGUUUUAUGAUGCUGAUAAACGGUUUCCUGCUUGGGGCUUUGGAGGAAGGACAGCUGGAGGACCUGUAUCGCACUGUUUUAACUUGGAUGGAACUGCAACUGGCUUUGAGGUUGAAGGAGUUCAAGGCAUAAUGACUGCUUAUGCCAGUGCUCUACACAAUGUUUCUCUAUCAGGACCCACUUUGUUUGGCCCAGUGGUUAAUGGGGCUGCAGAGAUUGCUGGCAAUUCUCUAUUCCACAACAACAAUAAGUACUAUGUGCUAAUGAUCAUAACGGAUGGGAUACUUACAGACCUGCAGGAAACAACAGAUGCUUUCGUGAGGGCAUCUGAUCUUCCCCUCUCAGUUCUUAUAGUUGGAGUAGGAAGUGCGGAUUUCAAACAAAUGGAGAUUCUCGAUGCUGACAAUGGACUGCGAUUGUCAAGUUCAACAGGUCGUGUGGCUACCAGAGACAUUGUACAAUUUGUUCCUAUGAGAGAAGUGCAGAGUGGGCGCAUUUCUGCGGUUCAAUCGCUUCUCGAAGAGCUGCCUGGACAGUUCUUGAGUUACAUGCGCUGCAGAGACGUUAUGCCUCUCACUGUCCAUGCAGCCCAAUCAUCUGCUCCACAACUUUAGAAUAGCACAAGCACAGCAUCGUGAAGCUUUCAAUGUAGUCGAUAUUAAACGCUGAUCAGUUUGUUAGGAAAUUAAUCUAGCAAAUCAUCUAUUUAAAUAUAUAUAUAUAUACACACACACACAUUCUGUACAUAACAGUUUCCUUUGUAUUCCUAGAUUGUAGUUAGCAUUGAUAGAUGAUAGCUUGAUCAUAGGAGAAACUAAUUUUGUAGCCAAAGUCUGCUUGUUGUAUAUGUACAUCGAUGACAUCAAUGAAAACUAUUUCAACCAA